UUUUGAUACGGAAUGUGAAGUUUUGCGUAGCCUUUACCAUAGGAAUCUUGUAAAAGUCAUUACUAGUUGUUCCAAUCAUGAUUUCAAGGCUUUAGUUCUCGAGUAUAUGCCUAAUGGGAGUCUUGAGAAAUAUUUGUAUUCGCACAACUACUUCCUCAAUACCAGGCAGAUAUUAAGCAUAAUGAUAGAUGUGGCAUGUGCUUUGGAAUAUCUUCGCCAUGGAUGCUCGUCGCCUGUGAUCCACUGUGAUCUGAAACCUAGUAACGCCUUGCUGGAUGAGACUAUGGUUGCCCACCUCAGCGACUUUGGCAUUUCAAAACUGCUUGGUGAAGAUCAGGGUGAUUUGUACACUAAAACAUUAGCAACUUUGGGGUAUAUAGCGCCAGAGGAUGGACUGGAAGGACUAGUGUCAACAAAGUGUGAUGUCUAUAGUUAUGGGGUCAUGUUGCUGGAAAAGUUUACUAGGAGAAAGCCUAAUGAGUUUGAAGGAGAUCUUAGCUUGGCGCAAUGGGUGAGUUAUUCACUUCCAGAUUCUGUAAUGGACGUCGUAGAUGCAAACUUGGCCACACCAAUGGCUAAAGUAUUACAGAAGGAGAUAGAUGUUGUGGCAUCAAUCCUGAAAGUAGCAUUAGAUUGUUGUGCUGAAUCUCCAGCAAGAAGGACUAACAUGGAAGAUGUUGUAGAAAUGCUGCAGAAGAUCAAGAUUCAACUUCUUGCAUGUUGAGCAUGUUGUUGGAAUCCGUCAUUGCAUGUCAAUUGUUUGUUUCAAUGUUUUUCUAAAUAGUUGUUUCAAUUAUUUAACAUUUGUUUUGUGCAUGAUUCUGUUUUUAUAAAUGCUAGAUGGUUGCUAUGAAUCUCUCUGUUUCCUUUUUAUAUUAUUAUUGCCAAAUGGUGGAACAUCUAUAUAUUA